UACAUGGACACAUAUUGACAAUUGCUGAACGUUGUUUUGUUUUAAUAUUGAAAGCAGCGGCAAUACAUUAUAAAUUUUUAAGAAAUCGUUUUCUCGGAAUUACAAAUAUGAGUUUUCGGUCAUUAAAAGACGACAGGGAGCAUACGAAAGAAACUGUUCGAAUUCACAGAAAAGCGGGAAAACGGAGAUCAAAUUCAGCACCAACUAUUCAUCCUGAUAAAACAAAGGAUAUCAAUGCAACGGACAGUAAAGGAAGGACGUCUUUGUACUAUGCGGCAAAAUAUGGUGAAAUUGAAAUAGUCAGACAUCUAUUAUGUAACGGAGGUGAUCCAGAUUUACCGGAUAAGGCAUCGAAUUAUCCGAUACAUGAAGCGGUGGAUAAUGGUCAUGUGGAAGUUUUGGAAUUACUGAUAUACAAAGGUUGCAGUGUUAAUGUUCAAAAUCUCUCUGGACAGACUCCACUGAUGAGAGCAGCCCUUUUUGAUGAUUUAGACGCUGUAAAGGUGUUAAUUAAAUCAGAUUGUGAUUUGGAUGAAGUAGACUGUACCGGGAAAACAGCUCUAUUGGUUGGUUUACAAGAAGGUCAUGAUGUUGUGUCUAGAUAUUUGAUCAAAAGCGGAUGCGACGUCAAUGUGAUCGAUCGACUUGGACAGAGUGCUUUGUAUUUUGCUAUCCACAGAUCAUCAGCUCCAUCUGUGUCGUUGUGUCAAAAACUUUAUAGAAAUGGAUACAAAGCAGAAAAUGAUUCUGAUUGGUUAACGAAAGACUUACACCGGAAACUGACUCAAAAUGGAAAUGGACUAUUUUCUCGAGUAAUGCGAAAACUCAGAAUACAAAAAUCAAAAAUAGACCUUUAUAGCAUUGAUGACUUAUUUUCUGAUGACUAUGUUGAUUUUGAUAAUUCAAGAAAAGUUUAGGAAAUGUCUCGAAGUAUAUAUAAUUAUGAUGUCAGUCUUUUGUUUUCCGUUUUCGAACUUUCUCUGACAAAAGAAUUGUUGUUUGUUUAUCUAUUAAAUGCAAUUGUAAUUGUAA